UGAUGCCAAGUCUGUCUCCGGUCACAAAACAGCAGCAUGAGCUCGGAAUAUAUUAUCUCUGAGCCCACGUCGAUGGACAAAGAGAUCCUGCAGCAUGCUGUGCAUGAACAGUUUAAACCAGAUCACAUCCUGCGUUUUCCAGAUGCGAGCCAAAUCCACUUUAAUGAAGUCCAGAAAUUAAGACUGGAGUACAAAAACAUCCUGAGGAUUGAUCACUUAUGGGACUUCUCAUCUUUGUCCAAACUUGAGUUAAAUAACAAUGCUAUAGAAAAGAUCCAGGGACUGGACCAUCUGAUUAAUCUGACGUGGCUUAAUCUGUCAUUCAACCAGAUUGAGAAAAUAGAGGGUCUGGAGUGUGUGCAGAAGCUUGAAGUGCUGAAUCUAUCCAACAACAAAAUCUCUGUCAUUGAAAAUAUGGACACACUUGAGAACCUAACUCACUUCUUCAUUUCAAACAACCUAAUUGGGCAGUUGGAUAAUGUGCUCUACCUCAGGAAGUUCAAGAACCUGGCAGCGUUCAACCUGUUUGGAAAUCCUUUCCUAAACGAGGGUGAUUACAGAUUUUUCAUCGCUGCCUACUUUCCAAAGCUGAUGUUCCUAGACUCCAGAAUACUUGACCAGAAGACAAGAAAGGAAGCAUCUAUCAAAUAUCACUAUGUCCUUGAGAAAAUGAGACUUGAAGAGCUGGAGCUACACCAGGCUGAUGAGGCUCGACAAAGACACGAAGCUGAGCUAAAAUUACACCGAGAUGCCUUUGUGGAGUUCCUUAAUGGCUCUUCUCUGUUUAGGACCAUGUUUAAAGAUGAUCCAAAAGCACAAACACUGCACUGUGCACCAGGAAUGGAUUCUCUGAUUCAAAGAUUUGAGCACCAAAUGGGGGAGCUGUGUACACAGUUAUUUGAAAGGGGCUUGGCUGAGCACAAACGAAGGGAGACAGAGGUGAAGUCUUUCUUCAGUUGCCAAAAAAAGGCUGUGACAGACUGCCAGGAGAAGGCAUCGCAGAUGUUAGCAAAGUUUAAUCAUGAACACAAAGAGCGGACAGAAGAGUUGCAGCAGUUAUCAGACCCAGAGGUACGCAAAGUCAAGAUUGACCACUGCAAUGGUGAAAUUAACCAGCUCUGUAAAAACCUCAUGACACUGGAGUUUCAGCUGGUCAGCGAGAUGGAGGAGAAGAUCAAAACUUUUGAGAGCAGAAUCUCAGACAUGGUUAGACACUUCAGUGAAAUCGCACAGGGGAUGUUCUCCCACUGUCGAGAUCUUGAAGAUGACUAUUAUCAGAAGAUGCAAAUAGUUGCUGCUAAAAUCUUGCAGACAGUGGCCAGAGACGCCCGGAAGGAGGACUUGCCAGAUGAUGUUAUAAUGCUGUUUGAAGACAGAGAUGCAGUGAUAGAUGCACUGGCCACAGCCCACAAUAACCACCUCCUGAAGAUCAAUGACCGAGAGACUCAGCUGACUACAGGCAUCAGUGCCUGGAAGGAGGCCCUCAUUAAGGGGAUACGAGAUGAGGAACUGAAGCGGAACCGCAUGAACAUCUCAGACAUCCACAGAUAUGUGGAUAAUUUGAGGGAGCAGCUGGAGGAGUUGAUAUAGUGGAAACCACUUGGUGGCCUCAAGAACACUUCAAAAACCACUGUCAGUGAAUACAGUUGUAUUCACAAAUGAGGGUUCAAACACUACCGCUAAAAGAGAAAAAAAGAUACAGAGCAAGAACCUAUACUUGGGGCAUGAGCUACUGUGCUGUGAAAAAGUAUUUAACCCCUUUCUGAUUUCUCUGUUUUGUGUGUGUGUAUUUAUCACAGUGGCUCUGUGAUGUACUUGCACACUCGUUCUGCAAAUGAAAGGUUGCUGGUUCAGUUCCAGGCAGAGACACAAAUCCCCUUUGGGGGAAGGAAAGGCAUCUAUACAACCACCUCUGCUCACAACAAAGAAAACUGCAGUUCACUACAAACAAAUUCAGAUAAGACAACAUCAAUUGCCCUGAAUUUCUCUGUAAAAGAUUCAUUUAUUGGUGAAAAGGCCAAAACGACCAAGGAAAGAUAAGCAAAACGGUGGAGAGUAAACAAGGAAUCUUAAAAUCCAAAAGCCCUUGAAGAAGUGAAAAGUGGAGGUCGUAGGUCAAAGAAAUUUAAUAGAAAAUAAAGAGAAGAAAGUUAUAAGUGCAAAGCGGGAAGUGCUGAAUGUCAAGAAAGCACAGAAAGGGAAGAAAAGGAGAAAGCAGCAAGCAAAAAUACAAAACAACUGUUGGAAGUGCAGAAAGUAU